GGAGCAGAGUGGGGAGCGCGCCCGACCACCAUGCCGCGUUCGUUCCUGGUUAAGAGCAAAAAGGCUCACAGUUACCACCAGCCGCGCUCCCCCGGACCCGACUAUUCCCUCCGCCUGGAGAAUGUACUGGCGCCAGGCGGAGCAGACAGCACCUCGAGCACAGGUGGGGCGAAGGCGGAGCCCCGGGGCCGUUUGUCCCCCGAGUCUCAGCUGACCGAAGCCCCCGACAGAGCCUCCACGUCCCCCGGCAGCUGUGAGGGCAGCGUCUGCGAUCGGAGCUCGGAGUCUGAGGACUUCUGGAGGCCUCCGUCGCCUUCUGUGUCUCCAGCCUCGGAGAAGUCGGUGUGCCCCUCGCUGGACGAAGUUCAGCCCUUCUCCCUGCCCUUCAAGCCGUACUCGUGGAGCGGUCUGGCGGGUUCCGACCUGCGGCACCUGGUGCAGAGCUACAGGCCAUGCGCGGCCCUGGAGCGCGGCGCCGGCCUGGGCCUCUUCUGCGAGCGCGCCCCGGAGCCAGGCCACCCCGCGGCGCUCUACGGCCGGGAGCGGGCUGCUGGCGGCGCGGGGGCCGCGGCGCCCGCGGGAGGCAGCGCAGGAGGCGGAGCUGCCGGCGGCGCGGGCCUGGGGCUCUACCGCGACUUUGGGCCCGCGGCGGCAGGACUGUACGAGAGGCCGGCGACCGGCGGGCUGUACCCGGAGAGCGGCCACGGGCUGCACGGCGACAAGGGCACCGGAGUCAAGGUGGAGUCGCAGCUGCUGUGCACCCGCCUGCUGAUGGGCGGCGGCGCCUACAAGUGCAUCAAGUGCAGCAAGGUGUUCUCCACACCGCACGGGCUCGAGGUGCACGUGCGCAGGUCCCACAGCGGCACGAGACCCUUUGCGUGCGAGAUAUGCGGCAAGACCUUCGGGCACGCGGUGAGCCUGGAGCAGCACAAAGCCGUGCACUCGCAGGAACGGAGCUUUGACUGUAAGAUCUGUGGCAAGAGCUUCAAGAGGUCAUCUACACUGUCCACACACCUGCUCAUCCACUCAGACACCCGGCCCUACCCCUGUCAGUACUGUGGCAAGAGGUUCCACCAGAAAUCAGACAUGAAGAAACACACCUUCAUCCACACUGGUGAGAAGCCCCACAAGUGCCAGGUGUGUGGCAAGGCAUUCAGCCAGAGCUCCAACCUCAUCACCCACAGCCGCAAGCACACAGGCUUCAAGCCCUUCGGCUGCGACCUGUGUGGAAAGGGCUUCCAGAGGAAGGUGGACCUCAGGCGGCACCGGGAGACGCAGCAUGGGCUCAAGUGA